UACCUAAUAUAUAUGCUUAGCCACUUAACAUUGCCACUUGAGGCGUGGCUGUGCAGUAGGGUUCGGUGCUGAGUCGACGACCUAUUCCACAAUGUCGCUGAGAUCUCAAGGACGACCAGUAGCGUCCCGACCUGCCAUGAGUAGUUUCAAAUACUGAAAUCCGCUGUGAAUAUUUUUUUCUUCACCAUAUUGGUACACAACCGUUGCUUCGAACGUUUUCUCGCACAUAAGGGCCACUACGGUUUGCAGCAAUGGGCAACAUUUGCGCUGCCGGCGUGCACACUUCGACGGACGCCUAUGAGCGUGAACGACAGAUGUUUCUAUCACAAGACGUGGCAGAUGGAGUAGUUGAACCCACCUAUGUAAAAGCUAAGGGAAUGACAAUCGAGAAGAUCACGGUGAGCAAGAAAAAGUUGGGCAAGAAACUCUGGGGCGCUGCUCCUGCUGCAGAACCCUACUCACCUACAAUCCCUACACGGACGGCCAGUUUGAUUCCAUUCAUUUUGCUUGACCUUCCACCUGUAUCGCACACCAUUAUGCAGUAUCUUUCAUAUCUCGAGAUUGCAAAAUGCCGACAAGUUUCAAAGAGGUGGUGCGAAAUAGCAACGCCGAUCAUGAGGUCACAUCACAGAAUCCUAACUCUGAUCGCCAAAAAUGAUCCGUCCAAACAAUGGUCUGUCAAAGUCUUUCCUAGCACCCGUUACACUCUUGAUCACGGCAAGAUCGCCAUUCAAACCUACCGACCCACCAUGCCACCCACGUCGACCGAUCUCGAAGCACCCGACCCAUUGAGCAUAUUACCUGGUCGGGUAGGGGAGGUACGACUGGUUCCUUUCAAUUUGGGUGAAGCAAGGGUAUUUGAUCGAGGGUGCGGAGAAGAUGGGUUUGCUGUUGGCUUGUUGGAUAAGUGGGACGCCGAUGGUGUAUUUGGGGAAUGGGUUUUUGGGGAAACGUUUUGGAUUGAGUUCAUGACGGGGGGUGCUCGGGGAGUGGAGGUUUUUGGAGUGGCAGUUGAUUCUCAACCCAUCUACUCAACGUCACGAAAAGCGCAUUUGGAAGCCCUUUACAAAUCCCUUUCAUACCCAUCCACUGAGCUUCAAGCCUUAACCCACCAUCCCUCACUCCUUCGAUAUCUGUCUACUCCAUUAACGACCCGCACAGCAGCUUACCGAUCUAUCCUUGGGUACGCCCUCGGAGCAGGGAGCAUUGAAACUGGUACACACGUCCUCUCGGAUGCAAUAGCCCGUCUUGAUCGUGUGAUGCACCGUGUGGAGAUUCUGAUGCGGGUUGAGGGACGGCAGGAAAAGAUGCGUGAGUAUGUUUCGGAAGGAGUGAGGAUUUGGCAAGGAGUUAAAGGGUGGGAGGCUGUGAUGAGGGUCGCAGGAUAUCAGGGAAGAUUGGAUGAUGAGGAACGUGUUUGGGCAUUUUUGUGGCAGGUUGUUGUUCCUGGGUUGGCUGGCCCGGGCGCAUGGUCUGCGGAUGAGUGGGAUGUUGUUUGAGGACUGAUUAUCUUUCAUGUAAAUUUAUUGCAUAUCUGAUCGUGAAGAACACUUUCUUUGGGAUGGCCUUUAGCAUGUUUUUUUGGUGUCAAUCAAACAAGCAAACAAUGAACCAUGUGGACCAGAGUGUCGAAACAAGCAGAG